AUGGCUGUCACUAUAUCGGCAGACUCUGAUGAUCCUCAUAUAUUAUUGGCUGAUGCUGUCUGUGUGGAGCUCAAAGACCCGAGUGAUUUUGAUAGAAAGUUGGAGAACAUGUGGGAUGUAUAUGAUACGCUGAUCAAGUUGCCGCCGUCCCGUGAGACGGAGCCGUACAAGUAUUACUACAAGGGUCGAGAGCUGCUGGAUGCAGCGAGUAAGGCUGCUCGUGAGCUCAUUGCUGCUAGUGACCGUGUGGAGGUGGAGUGGCAUCUGAUGGCUAUAGACCUGGCAAUGGGGCGCAACUUGUACUGGUGUGAAGAAGUGCAGCGAGCAGAGAUCAGAUUCAUGAGGGCUCUGAAGCUCGGGCUGUUGGCUCCUCAGAGAAAGGAGAAAAAGUAUAUCUUCGCCAUCGUCGAUUGCCUACAGCAGCUGGGCAAUAUAUGGCUAGAGCGUGGUGACUGGACAAAGGCGAUGAACUUCUUAGUGAGAGCAGCUUACAUUCACGUAACUGCAGUGGGGGUGAAACGUGGUGAUGAUGCUCAGUGGGAUAACAGUGAUUCAGCUACUUUGGAGAAGUUGAAGACUCUUACGGUCUAUGGACUGGCGAGAGCAUACGGGGGACUAGGGAUGGUAGCAUCAGCAUCACGGGCAUGCUCGAUGACCCUGUCGAGGCAGCUGGAGCAUAAUGUGGAUCCUUUAGAGGAGGAGAAAGAUGCCCCAUUCAACUACCGAGAGUGGGCUAGGAAUGCUAUCGGUCUGGCGGACUACUACAUUGGCCGUGGGGAGUUCUGGACGGCUGAGUAUUUGAUGCACGCUGCUCGAGUCAUCAGUGUUGAAUGGCCUGAGAAGCUCGGCGAGGUGAAAAGCGAUGAGUUCCUGGCUGAGAUAUGGCGGGAUAUAGGCCGCUUUUACCGCACACGAUUGGAGAUAUCCAAGUUCCAUGCCAAGCUGAAUGCUGACGAAUGCCUGGCGUUGUGGCGAUGUAACGCUGAAGUGAAAGAGAACGAUGAGGUUACUGAAGGUGUUCUUGGACUGCACUGGGAGUGUCUUGGUGAUGACCUGGCGAGCCGGGCUGUCGAAUGGGACUCCCAGCAGGGGUUUCCGGAGACCGUGAGUGUGAAUGAUGGCGCAUUACUCCUCGAUGAGAGAAGUGCUGUUGCGGAACGUAUUGUGGAAAAUGGUGAUGAUGAUAAGAUGCUGACUAUUCGGUUGGCUGAGGGACUUGUUGUCGAAACGGCGAUAUCCUUCCCGAGUAUCCACAGCUCUAUCGAGAAGGCCAUGCAGGUCCAUAAUAAGGCAUUCUUAGAGGCGCACGAAGGGGUUAUGGAUCAUGAAAAGCAUCUAACGUUCUGUGCUAAAGACUAUGCAACAGCACGAGAGCUCUUUAAAAUUGGGCAGUACUUCGACCAGCAGGCUCUCACUGUUUUCGUGUUGGAGGGAUAUGCCAGUGACCAUAUACAAACUGUUCAAGAGCUCGCUCGGCUACACGAGGCGUUGGAGUUCUGGGAGGUCGAUCAGGGUAGAGUGAAAGCUCUACUUAAACGAAGAGUUAGGCUACUAGAGCCUAUCUUGAAAGAGAUCAACCCGAUGGUGUAUGUCCAAUUCGAUCGCCAGCUUUCUUUUGAGAUCGCUGAGAUUUACAGGCGACUCGCUGAGGGCCUUCUUGAAAAGGAUGAGGAGAAUCGCGCAGUUGCAGCAGCCUCCAAGCCAUUGUUGGCAACAACUGCCCUGUUGGCUAAGGCCGAUUGGGGAGCAAUCCGCACCCUGCCCCCGGUUCUCUGGCACCGGAUUGCACCCUGCCCUCUGGCCCUCGACACUGACCAAGUGAGGAGAUACAUCCUGAAGUCAGUGAAGAACUUCACUCACUUUAUCGACUCAUUCUAUCCGCCUGCCACUCGAGAAGGCACUGUGAGUGGCUCUCACCAGAAUGCUAAGGAGCGUUUGGAUGAUGCAGUGGUCCAACAUGUGAUAUCAGCAAGAGAGCAGACCGCGAGGUUGCUGUCGAAGGAUCCAUCACCCAACGCAUCUGAACGUCUAAGGAGUCUACUGGCUGCUCUUUCACACUAUGAAUGGGUUAAGGCUUAUGCUAGUCAUCAUCAGCAACAAAUAUUGAAGCUACCGGAGGAAAGCCAGGAAGCAAUACGGUUGACGAUCCAGAUGGCUGGUCUCUUGCCGAUUCAGAUUGCGAGAUUAAAGCGUCAAUGCCUCACACAUGUUCGUAGCACUUGA